CAUGUGAGAACCAUGCAUUCAAAUUGGGGAAAACUUCAUAAUAAGCAAAUUGGGAAUUAUGUUCCACCAUUACAGUUUCGGUAUAAAACUAUCAAUCAACAAAAGAACAGGUAAGAGUGUAAAACUCAAAUCAUGGAAAAGCCCUUUUGAUCCAUCCAUUGGCAACUUUUCUUGUAGUACUGUUGAACGCUUACGUAUAAUAGAAGUGUUCAUUUGGAAUGAAACUAGCAUAUACUGGCGCAGUGGGCCUUGGAAUGGGGGGGUCUUCACUGGGAUACAAACAAUGACAGCUGCAUAUUUUUUUAGUUUUCAAGGAGGAGACGACGGAGAAGGGAAUAUUAAUAUAUAUUAUACGGUAGAAAAUGAUGAGGACUUUGUGAUCUUUCACCUAAAUUCACAAGGAAAAUUAGAAGCAACACAGUGGUAUGACGAGAAAAAAGAAGUUAUUGUUACAUGGACAAGCCAAGACUUGGAGUGUGAUGUUUACGGUAUAUGUGGGGCAUUUGCAAGCUGUAGUUCAUUGUUCUCACCAAUAUGUAUCUGUCUGAGAGGAUUUGAACCUAGAAACAUACAAGAAUGGAAUGGACAUAACUGGACCGGUGGGUGUGUUAGGAGAACCACUUUGCAGUGUAGUAGGGAUAACAAUAAAACCACACGGAGAAAGGAAGAUGCGUUUUUGAAAUUACAGACGGUGAAAGUACCAGCUUUUGCUGAAGCUUUAGCUGUUACACCAGACAUUUGCAGAAGCCUAUGCUUGGAGAAUUGUUCUUGCCUUGCAUAUUCCCAUGAUUCCGUGAUUGGCUGUAUGUCGUGGACAGGGAAACUACUUGACAUACAACAACUCGAAAGUGGAGGACUUGAUCUAUAUGUCUGCACAGCGUAUGCAGAACUUGAUCGAGGAAGAAACAAGACACUCAUCAUUGUAAGUACAGUCAUAAUUGGAACUCUAGUAAUUGUUAUUUGUGCAUAUAUCUUGUGGAGAAGGACGAAAAACCACCCGGCUAAACAGUGGCUCUUUACUAAAUCAGCAAGGAAAAAGAACAACAAAGCUUUCCAACAAUUUAAUAAAGGUGGAUCACCAAAUGUUUCUCCUAGUGACAACGUAAUUGGAGAAAUGUCCCAAGUUAAACUGCAAGAGCUAUUAAUAUUUGAUUUUGAGAAAUUGGCAACUGCCACUAACAACUUCCACUUAUCCAACAAACUUGGACAGGGUGGUUUUGGUAUAGUAUACAAGGGGAAACUGCAAGAUGGCCAGGAAAUAGCAGUUAAAAGACUUUCUAGAGCAUCCGGACAAGGGUUGGAGGAAUUUAUGAAUGAAGUAGUGGUCCUUUGUAAGCUUCAACACCGCAAUCUUGUUAAACUUCUUGGUUGUUGUAUUGAAGGUGAUGAAAAGAUGUUGAUGUAUGAGUACAUGCCAAACAAAAGUUUGGAUGCAUUCAUCUUUGAUCCAUCAAAAAAUAAACUCCUAGAUUGGAGGACACGGUACAACAUAACAGAAGGAAUAGCUCGCGGAUUGCUAUAUCUUCACAGAGAUUCCAGACUAAGAAUUAUUCACAGAGAUUUGAAGGCAAGUAAUGUCCUGUUAGAUGAGGAGCUGAAUCCAAAAAUAUCAGACUUUGGUAUGGCUAGAAUCUUUGGAGGGGGAGACAAUCAGGUCAAUACUUCCAGAAUUGUCGGAACAUAUGGCUAUUUGUCAAUGCAAGGACUUUUUUCAGAGAAAUCAGAUGUUUUUAGCUUUGGUGUUUUGGUACUAGAGAUCGUUAGCGGGAGAAGAAACUCAAGCUUUUAUGACAAUGAGCAUGCUCUGAGUCUUGUAGGAUUUGUCUGGAUACAAUGGAGGGAAGGAAAUAUUUUAUCUUUAAUAGAUCCAGAAAUAUAUGAUCAUAGUCAUGAUAAGAAUAUUUCGAGAUGCUUACAUAUAGGACUGUUAUGUGUACAAGAAUCGGCUGUAGACAGGCCUAAUAUGGCUACAGUAAUUUCUAUGCUUAACAAUGAGGUUGCAUCACUUCCUCCUCCAAGUCAACCUGCAUUCAUCCUAAGGCAGUAUAUGUUGAAUUCAAAGUCGCCUGAAGAAAAUCAAAUUGUCUGUUCCAUUAAUAAUGUCAGUAUUACAGAUUUAUGUGGUAGAUAGCACACUAGAGACUAUGAAAGGAUUUGGAGGUUUAUAGAUAUUUGGCCAAUAAUAGAAUCUUUGUUAAUGUAUUUGUGACAAAAGAAAACUCUAGUGUAAUGGAAGACAUAGAACACAAGUUUUUAUCUUUGCUAGAACACAAGUGUAAUGGAUAUUAUGGAACAGAGUUUGCGACCUUUGUUUUCUAGUUCGACUUCUUCCUCAUCAUCCAUCAAAACUAUCCAAAUAUUUUUAUGCAGCAAUUGAUACCAGACCAAAGGCUCAUGAUACCAAUUGAGAUGGGAAAAUGGAUUCUAGGGACAAAGCGAUAA